AAAGACAGCAGAACGGUCCCAGGCUUCCUCAUCUCGUUCACGUCAGAGGCAGGAACCGACCGACUGUGCUAAGGCUGUGGGCUCAACACGCAGAGACAGAGCUGGAGCAGCCUCAGACUGGGAAAGAAGACGGGGUCCUCCCUGACCCAAGGAAUUAGCACUAGUGGAGUAAAGACAUCUGACUUUUUGAUCUUAUUUGGUUGCCUUUUCUCUCCUUCCACCGGUAGACCUACCACUUGGGUUGUAUUUCUUUUGUGAAGCCUUCACUCUUCCCCUCAAAAAGAAAAAAAAAAAAAAAGAGGAAAGGAAGAGAGGGAGAGAGGUGGGCGCUCUAAGUGAGCGCAUCAGCUGGCUCCAGCCCGAACAGACAAGAAUUCUCUCUGCCCAGGAAGCUCCUUCGCUCUCCGGCUACCCAGCCCCCAACCCCCCAACCUGGGCAUCUGGAUCAGCUCCUUGCUCAGAGGACAGAUCUCUUCAGGAGUUAGAAUCAAAGAGCACACGGUCAAGAGAAAACACCGGAGAGGGCGACAUCACGAAGAUUCCUAUUACUCCAUGCCGGCUACUACGGGGAGCUCUUGAACCAAGCCCUGGCUGAGAGGAUGGGGGUCGACGGGGAAACGGUGGUCUUGAAGAACAUGCUCAUCGGUGUAAACCUGAUCCUCCUGGGAUCCAUGCUCAAACCUUCUGAGUGUCGGCUGGAGGUGACCACAGAAAGGGGCCAGAGACAAACUGUGGAGGAGGAAGGAGGUGCUUCCAGCUACAACACGUCCAGCAAGGAACAGCCUAUGGUCUUCAACCAUGUGUAUAACAUCAAUGUCCCAGUGGAGAGCCUCUGCUCCUCAGGGCUGGAAGCCUCAGCUGAACAGGAAGUGAGCGCUGAAGAUGAUACUCUGGCAGAAUACAUAGGCCAAACCUCAGAUCACGAAAGCCAGGUCACCUUUACCCACAAGAUCAACCUCCCUAAAAAAGCCUGCCCGUGUGCCAGUUCUACCCAGGUGCUGCAGGAGCUCCUAAGCCGGAUCGAGAUGCUGGAGAGGGAGGUAUCGUUGCUGCGAGAUCAGUGCAGCACCAACUGCUGUCAGGAAAGUGCGGCCACAGGACAACUGGACUAUGUCCCUCACUGCAGCGGCCAUGGCAACUUUAGCUUUGAGUCCUGUGGCUGCAUCUGUAAUGAAGGCUGGUUUGGCAAGAACUGCUCAGAGCCCUACUGCCCACUGGGCUGCUCCAGUCGGGGAGUGUGUGUCGACGGCCAGUGCAUUUGCGACAGUGAAUACAGUGGCGAUGACUGCUCUGAGCUGCGGUGCCCAACAGACUGCAGCUCCCGGGGGCUCUGCGUGGAUGGAGAAUGUGUCUGUGAAGAGCCCUACACAGGCGAGGACUGCAGGGAGCUGCGGUGCCCCGAGGACUGUUCAGGGAAGGGGCAGUGCGCCAACGGUACGUGCCUGUGCCAAGAGGGCUAUGCUGGGGAAGACUGCAGCCAGCGCCGGUGUCUGAAUGCCUGCAGUGGGCGAGGACACUGCCAGGAGGGACUCUGCGUCUGUGAGGAAGGCUACCAGGGCCCCGACUGUUCAACAGUUGCCCCUCCAGAGGACUUGCGAGUGGCUGGUAUCAGCGACAGGUCCAUUGAGCUGGAAUGGGACGGGCCGAUGGCAGUGACGGAAUAUGUGAUCUCUUACCAGCCGAUGGCCCUGGGGGGCCUCCAGCUCCAGCAGCGGGUGCCUGGAGAUUGGAGUGGUGUCACCAUCACGGAGCUGGAGCCAGGUCUCACCUACAACAUCAGCGUCUACGCUGUCAUUAGCAACAUCCUCAGCCUUCCCAUCACUGCCAAGGUGGCCACUCAUGUCUCCACUCCUCAAGGGCUACAGUUCAAGACGAUCACAGAGACCACCGUGGAGGUGCAGUGGGAGCCCUUCUCAUUCCCCUUCGAUGGGUGGGAGAUCAGCUUCAUUCCAAAGAACAAUGAAGGAGGGGUGAUAGCUCAGCUUCCCAGCGACGUUACCUCCUUCAACCAGACAGGGCUGAAACCCGGAGAGGAGUACAUUGUGAAUGUUGUGGCUCUGAAGGAACAAGCCCGGAGCCUCCCUACCUCCGCCAGCGUCUCUACGGUCAUUGAUGGGCCCACGCAGAUCCUGGUUCGAGAUGUCUCUGACACUGUGGCCUUUGUGGAGUGGACCCCACCUCGAGCCAAAGUUGACUUCAUUCUCUUGAAAUACGGCUUAGUGGGUGGAGAAGGCGGGAAGACUACCUUCCGGCUGCAGCCUCCCCUAAGCCAGUACUCAGUGCAAGCCCUUAGACCUGGCUCCCGCUAUGAGGUCUCAGUCAGUGCAGUCCGAGGAAACAAUGAAAGCGAUGCCACAAGUACCCAAUUUACAACAGAGAUUGAUGCUCCCAAGAAUUUGCGAGUGGGUUCCCGCACAGCAACUAGCCUUGACCUUGAGUGGGAUAACAGCGAGGCAGAAGCUCAGGAGUACAAGGUUGUGUACAGCACCUUAGCGGGCGAGCAGUACCAUGAAGUGCUGGUCCCCAAGGGCAUUGGUCCAACUACCAGGACCACCCUCACGGAUCUGGUACCAGGCACAGAAUAUGGAGUUGGAAUAUCUGCGGUCAUGAACUCAAAACAAAGCAUUCCCGCUACCAUGAACGCCAGGACAGAGCUUGACAGUCCCCGAGACCUUAUGGUAACAGCCUCAUCAGAGACCUCUAUCUCUCUCAUCUGGACCAAGGCCAGUGGUCCCAUUGAUCACUACCGAAUUACUUUUACCCCAUCUUCUGGGAUCUCCUCAGAAGUCACUGUGCCUAGGGACAGGACUUCAUAUACUCUGACAGAUCUAGAGCCCGGAGCAGAAUACAUCAUCUCUAUCACUGCUGAGAGGGGUCGGCAGCAGAGCCUGGAGUCCACUGUGGAUGCCUUCACAGGCUUUCGCCCUAUUUCCCAUCUGCACUUUUCUCACGUGACCUCCUCCAGCGUCAACAUCACCUGGAGUGACCCAUCUCCCCCAGCAGACAGACUCAUCCUCAACUACAGCCCCAGGGAUGACGAGGAAGACAUGAUGGAAGUCCUCCUGGAUUCCACCAAGAGGCACGCUGUCCUCAUGGGGCUACAGCCAGCCACUGAAUAUAUAGUGAACCUUGUAGCUGUCCAUGGGACCGUAACUUCCGAGCCCAUAGUGGGUUCCAUCACUACAGGAAUCGAUCCCCCCAAAAACAUCACAAUUAGCAACGUGACUAAGGACUCGGUGACGGUUUCCUGGAGUUCUCCUGUCGCACCUUUUGAUUACUACCGUGUAUCAUAUCGACCCACACAAGUGGGACGGCUGGACAGCUCCGUGGUGCCCAACACUGUGACAGAGUUCACCAUCACCAGGCUGUAUCCAGCUACUGAAUAUGAAAUAAGCCUCAAUAGUGUGAGGGGCAGGGAGGAGAGUGAGCGCGUCUGCACCCUGGUGCACACAGCCAUGGAUAGCCCUGCGGAUCUGACUGCUUCCAACAUCACCCCCACAGAAGCCCUGCUUCAGUGGAAAGCACCCAUGGGUGAAGUGGAGAACUAUGUCAUUGUCCUCACACACUUUGCAAUUGCAGGAGAGACCAUCCUGGUUGAUGGAGUCAGUGAAGAAUUCCAGCUUGUUGGCCUGCUUCCUAGCACCCACUAUACCGUCACCAUGUAUGCCACCAGUGGGCCUCUCGUGAGUGGCACCAUUGCCACCAACUUCUCUACCCUCCUGGACCCUCCUGCCAACCUGACAGCCAGCGAAGUCACCAGGCAAAGUGCACUGAUCUCCUGGCAGCCCCCCAGAGCAGAGAUCGAAAACUAUGUCUUGACAUACAAGUCCUCUGAUGGUAGCCGCAAAGAGCUGAUUGUGGAUGCUGAGGACACGUGGAUCCGACUGGAGGGCCUGUCAGAGAACACAGACUACACAGUGCUCCUGCAGGCAGCUCAGGAUGCCACAAGGAGCAGCCUUACCUCUACUGUCUUCACCACAGGGGGCCGUCUGUUCUCUCAUCCUCAAGACUGUGCCCAGCAUUUGAUGAAUGGAGAUACUCUGAGUGGAGUUUACACCAUCUUCCUCAAUGGGGAGCUAAGGCACAAGCUGCAAGUAUACUGUGACAUGACCACAGACGGGGGCGGCUGGAUUGUCUUCCAGAGGCGGCAGAACGGCCAAACUGAUUUUUUCCGGAAAUGGGCUGAUUAUCGCGUUGGCUUUGGGAAUCUGGAGGAUGAGUUUUGGCUAGGACUAGAUAACAUCCACAGGAUAACAGCCCAGGGCCGCUACGAGCUGCGAGUUGAUAUGAGGGACGGCCAGGAGGCAGCCUUUGCCUACUAUGACAAGUUCGCUGUAGAGGACAGCAGAAGCCUAUACAAGCUCCGCAUAGGAGGCUACAAUGGCACUGCAGGAGACUCCCUCAGCUAUCACCAGGGACGCCCUUUCUCCACGGAGGACAGAGACAACGACGUUGCAGUCACCAACUGUGCCAUGUCAUACAAGGGUGCUUGGUGGUAUAAGAACUGCCACCGGACCAACCUCAAUGGGAAGUACGGGGAGUCCAGGCACAGUCAGGGGAUCAACUGGUACCACUGGAAAGGCCAUGAAUUCUCCAUCCCCUUUGUAGAAAUGAAGAUGCGGCCCUACAACCACCGGCUCACAGCCGGGAGAAAACGGCGAGCCUUGAAAUUCUGAGCACUGGGCAGCCAGCCACCAGCCAGACGAUCUUUUCCGUCAUUUGUUUGUAUUUUAUAAUAUGAGACAAGGGGGGAGGGGCAACAGUAACGUGCUUCACAACAUACUCAGAGCAUCUGAAGGAAGCAGGGAUCAGUUAGGUACCAUCUGCUCAUAGUCUCUGCUGCCUUGGAGCCUGACCCUCGGGCUACAUGCUCCCUGCUAAUCAGUCCUCCGUAAUCAUCCCCUCCUUUCUCACAGAGGAGGAAAACUGGGGAGUGGAAAACACAAUUCAAAAACCAUAAAAUACAAAUUGUUAUGGUGACAGGCACACACACCUUCUUCCUCUACCCUCUCCUGAGACACCUUCCUCUUCUAAAUAAUAGUAAACUGGUCACAGCCGACCAUGGCCAGGUGACCACACCAGCACAGGGGAGCUCCAGUAAGAAAGCUUGGCCAGUCUCCUCUUAAGAGCGAAGACACCUGCCACAUCCCAACACAACAGCCCAAAUUCAUUGAAAUGGGCUAAAGAUUUUCACAUUCUGGCACUUAACACACAGGAGGAGUGUCUUCUCUUCCAGCCCCACCCCUUCCCUAGUUCUAUUCCCUAGAGCCUAUAGACCUAACAACCCAGUCAUUGUUUAAGACUCCAGUUGCCAAAGCUGUCUGCUCGUGCCCUUGGAUGUCAUAAGCCACUGUCAUGGAAUAACUCUGGUGGUGAGACUGGGAGAAGGGUUUUGUUUUUAGCUUACAUCAGGCAUUGAGAAGGGACAGGAGUAGAAAUCAGGGCACCUACCAGGGAGUCUGUAAGUCCCACUGGAAACUGACCUUACUUAGAGAUUCUUUUUUGGACCAUGCAUUCGUUCCCCUGAUGUCCUAGUUGAAGAUCUCUAGUUCUGUCUUCAGCCAGGCUACUCUCAGUGCAAGUGGCUUAGCAAUAAUCAGGGAAAGAAGUUGUAUGAGCAUCAGCCAUUCUGCUGACCAAUAUAUCGCCCUAGGAGGAGAGA